AUGGACAAGUUGAAGAUCCAGCAGAAGUCGCGCACUGCGCGCAACAGGCUGGCUGAGGCUGUCUCGCGAGGAAAUGGCACCGGCUCCCUUGCUGUUCCUCCGUCCACGCUCGCAAUCAACGACAACGCUAGCACGACUGGUGUGAAUGAGGGCUUUCCAGGCCAACCCGCUGCACACGACUUUGCAGUUCCGGAACGAACUACAGUACAACCGACCAUUGAGCCUCCGACGUCUCUGCAGUCCUCAAUAGACAGCGGCAAGCGCGUGCCUGUGCCUCCUCCACCUCCCAAAGAUGGCAUCCGUACGCCUAAAAAACGAGAGACGUCAUCGCCUCUGACCCCUCAAAGAGCACGAAGCAACUCGGCACCACAUCGACCACGAAGCCAGCAACGUGGAUCGCCUCAGCAGCAGCACAGUCCUUACAGUCGGCCAUCACCAGGCCGGCAAGUCAGCAUUGGAAUUCGGCGAAUGCCUUCUUCAGUCACUCUGAAUCAAUAUGCGCAGGCCACGAACCCCUCCUCGCAGCGACUCAGCCAGCCUCUGGAUACUCUGGAAGAAGGCCGAGAACUGGGGAGAACCCCAUCAAAGUCAACGGAUUCGACACCCACCCACCCAGAACCCAGUAGACUAAGGAAGGUGAGGAGUGCUAUACAAACAAGAGUGCCGUUUUGGAACAGUCCCAGCAGCAAAGAGAAGGGCAAGUCCCCUGAGCCCUUCGAUCUAUCUGGCCAUGGACCUGCAGACGCAGGGAUGGACUACACAUCCGACAUGGUUGACGUGCUCGACACGAUUGAUCCUGAAGUUGCGACUCUGACGUCUUUGACCAACCUGCAAAACUCACUGUUCGUGCCCAACUUGCCCUUCUUCAACCGGCGGCCGACCUACAAUUUGCGACGCGCCCCGAGUGAGACUGCAAGUCUCGAGGAAAUCAACCGAAUCCUCGCUCCAGCACAUGCGGCUCAAUCCGGAGCAGACUUGCAGCCACUUCCUAGGUUGCAGCGUACAGAGACUGAGGGCACGGUGGCCACUCUGGCAUCCAUUGACUCACAACUCAGCGAUUCUCGCUAUGCUGUGCUUCCGCACGGUACCUCCUUGGAGGGCUGGAGCAAGCGCGACAAGGCAGAGAUGAACGAUCACGUCCGCCACAUGCUUCACUCGAAGCGCUCCAAAUUCAAGCGCACCAUGAGAGGCUUCGGACAGUAUGUCAGAAGGCCCCUGGGAUUCUUAGUCACACUCUACGCUACCCUCAUCACCCUCUUUGGUCUCGCAUGGGUCCUCUUCCUCAUAGGCUGGAUCAACGUUGGAGGUAAGCAGAUAUACGUUGUUCACAUCAUCGAUAGCGUCCUGGUAGCCCUCUUUGCCGUCGUUGGAGAUGGCCUCGCUCCCUUCCGAGCCAUCGACACAUACCACAUGAUCUACAUAGCCCACUACCAUCACUACACAUGGUCUCGCAGAAAGAAGGACAUGCUUCCUGCGUUGCACGAUCAGAAUGACCUCCCGUCUAACAACGCACCCAUUACUGGGCCACGGACGACCGACCCCGAGGACCCUGAGAAGCAGUGGGAGUUUACUGUUCUGACUCCGAAGCAGCAGCAGAAGCUUGAGCAUCAUCAAGAGAAGUUUUGCAAAUCGCACUCAUUCUACAAGCCCCAUGAGACCGAGACGCAUUACGCCUUCCCACUCCGCUUCCUUGUCGCGAUCGUUGUCCUGCUCGACUGCCACUCGCUUCUUCAGAUCUCGCUGGGUGCCGCUACGUGGGGGAUCUACUAUAAGCACAGGCCCUUCGCAAUCACUACUGUGAUCCUAAUCUGCUCCAUCACGUGCAACGCCACCGCGGGGCUACUUAUCUGGCUGGGCGACAAGCGUACCAGGAAGACCGAUGUGCUUGAGCGUAUGAACAGGCAAGAGCUGACCGAGGAGGCCAUCCAAAAGGUCGAAAAGAAGAAAGAGCGCGGGAGCGAGAGUGAAGGGGAUGAGCUCAACAAGAGUGAGAGGAAAGGGCGAGUGAGUUUGGACAUGAUUAGGAAGAAGACUCGGGGUAGUAGCAGUGAGAAGAGUAGGAAGCGCGGGGAACUACAGCCGACUGCAGAGAACCCGUAUCCUUAG